AUGUUGGAUCUAUUCACCAUCUUCACUAAGAGUGGGAUCGUUUUAUGGUGCUUUCAAGGCAUCCAGCAUUCGUUUACAGAGCCAGUUAAUGCUUUAAUACGGGACGUUAUUCUUCAGGAGCGCACUGGCAAGUCAACCUUUACCCAUGACAGUCUCGAAUUACAGUAUAAGCUGGAUAAUGAAUUUGAACUGGUCUUUGUGGUUGCCUAUCAGAAAAUAGUGCAAUUACUUUAUAUUGACAAGCUAAUAUCAGAUGUUCACCUGGCUUUUCGGGAUAAAUACAAAGACAGAUUAUCUACUGGAACAUAUCGGAAGUUUGAUUUUGAUGUUGAGUAUCAAACCAUCUUGAAGUCUGUCAUUGAAGAACACAAAGUGAAGCAAGCACAGCCAAAGAAGAUGAGGACUUUUAAAGAGUCUGAGAAAUCUCGAAAGACAAUUGCUUCACUGAAAGUCGAUCAAAAGAAUAAUAACGAGUCUAACGAUGCUCCUGUUCUGGAAGGUACGUCUCUUCACUAUAGAUUUACAAUUGCUAACAAUAGUAGCAGUGGCAGUAACGGGGUAGUAGCAGAAUCCGCUUCGCCUACUAUUCCGCAAGUUGCAAGAAAUGUUAGUCCAAGGGCUAAACCUCAUAAGAAGGCCGAUAGAGUAUGGUCGAACGGCGGUUCUACUAGAGAUCAAGUCGAGCUGGAUUAUAGCAGUAAUACUGCGUCUGGGGAUAACGUCAACGCUAAUAAAGACAAAAGUUUCGUUGGAACUAUGAAGGGACAGUUAAAAACUUUUGAAGAAGUUGAAGAGCAAUCAGCUUCAGAGGAAUCAUCAGAGGAAGAAGAAGAAAUCAAUAAUGCUACGAAUAGCUCUCAACCAGCUCCCAAGAAACAGCAAACUGGUUUGUUGUCAUUCUUUAAAACUCUAACUGGACAAAAAAUAAUUACGAAAGAGGGGAUGGUACCAAUCUUAGAGAAAAUGAAGGAGCAUUUAAUAGCAAAAAAUGUUGCUGCUGAUAUCGCUGACCAAUUAUGCAGUAGCGUCUCGACCAAGUUGGAAGGCAAAGUUAUCGGUACAUUCGGUGGAAUCACCAGUGAAGUGAAGAAAACCUUAGCCGAAUCCCUAACUCAGCUGUUGUCGCCAAGACGUCAAAUUGACAUACUGCGUGACUGUAUGGAAGCUAAACGUCGGCAAAAGCCAUAUUCGAUUACAUUUUGCGGUGUGAACGGAGUUGGAAAAUCCACAAAUCUUGCUAAAAUUUGCUUUUGGCUCAUGGAAAACGGUUAUCGUGUCUUAAUUGCUGCAUGUGAUACCUUUCGUGCUGGCGCUGUGGAGCAAUUGCGAACUCAUGUUCGCCAUUUGAAUGCAUUGCAUCCGGCUGAAGGUGAUGAAGAACCUUCCGUAAUUCUCUUUGAAAAAGGAUACGGCAAAGAUGCAGCUGGAAUAGCGAUGGAUGCUAUCAACUUCGCUCAAGAUCGAAUAAUUGACGUGGUACUAAUUGAUACUGCUGGCCGAAUGCAAGACAAUGAGCCCUUGAUGAGAUCUUUAGCAAAGUUGGUUCAUAUCAAUGAACCAGAUUUGGUACUUUUUGUUGGUGAAGCACUAGUUGGCAAUGAAGCAGUAGAUCAAUUGAAGAAAUUCAAUCAUGCUAUGAUGGAUUUUUCGAAAAGUGAUAAUCCGCGGCUUAUCGAUGGCAUUUUAUUGACUAAAUUCGAUACUAUUGAUGACAAGGUUGGUGCCGCGAUAUCAAUGACCUAUACAGCUGGUCAACCAAUAGUAUUCGUUGGAACUGGUCAAACAUACGCAGAUUUAAAGCGAUUGAAUGUGCAAAUUGUUGUCAAUUCCUUACUAAAGGGUUAA